AUGGCCAGGGGCCAUGAGGCCACUGCUAGGGCUCAAGAGGAAAUCCCCCAAGCCAACCAGCGAGCUGCUGCUACUAACCUGCAUAAUCCUACACAUGCUACUCUUGUUAUGGAAAUCCCUAUAGGGACACCUGUAGGUAUUCCUCCACUCGUGGGAGUAGGUUCAUUGAACCCAAAUGUUGUACCCGAUGUCAAUCCUCUCUUCCUUGAGGUGGAUAAUCAAGACAAUAUUUUCUUCAGUCCAAGGGAUGAAUCGGUCUUUGAUGCUUUUGGGCCAGUAAGCACUGAGAUAGAAAGGAAGGUUUGUGCCAUAGAGGAGAAGUUGAAGGCGAUGGAUGGGUCCAAUACUUUUGGGCUAGAUAUUUCUGAAAUAUGCCUAGUACCAGGCAUCCAAAUACCUUAUAAGUUCAAAGUCCCCAACUUUGAAAAAUAUAAGGGGAUCAGCUAUCCUAGAACCCAUAUCAGGGAAUACUGUCGGAAUAUGGCUGCACAUUCCAAUGAUGUGAAGCUACUCACGCACUUCUUCUAA